GAACACAUCGUGCACGAAAAUGGACAUUAUUUUCAUCGCGGAUGUUUCCGAUGCGUCACUUGUUUGAAAAUCAUCACGGGAACGCAUCACGUGGCAACACCAGACGGCCAAAUUUACUGCGAAGGUUGCGCCCUUCCGACUUGCAGCGUGUGCGGUGGUGCCAUAUCAGGGGAAAUGGUAAGGGAUGUCUUUUGCUUGUUAUUGAUUUUUGUCUCAGUUUUGGAUUUGGAAUAACUUAACAUGCUUUUUUCCUAUAAACACUAAGUCUAAGUAACGAUAUUUUUGUCGAAGAUGGAAUGUUCUUUGUAAAUAUAUCUUAUUUAUCAAUUUCAUCAACGAAAAUUAAUAUAUGAUGACGGUGACGCUGAGUAAACCCUUUGAUUUGGAAAUGACAUGAUCACCUCAUUCUCAUCCUUUUCCUUAGCCAUCUCAUCUCCCCUUCUCUUCUUUUCAGAUUAUUUCGCCUUUGGAUUCGGAUCCUACGCAAGAGGCGCACUUUCAUCCGGAGUGUUUCCGAUGUAGCGGAUGUGGCAAGCAGAUACAUGGAGCUUGUUUCCACGAUGGCCAUGAUGGACACCGGUGUGAAAUCUGUGGUAGAGGUAGCGGCUUACUGCCGGACUCUCGUCAACAGGGUGCACGAGGAGGCGAAGUAGAGGGUAUUCUUCCGAAAAUAAACGCGCCAUUGUCAGAAAAUAUGAACUUGAUAUCGGGGUCGUCAGAACAAGAUCAUGCUGUUACAGGUAGAAAUGGAGUUCUUGGAAGUGAGCAUCCAGCUGCGGAGAUGCCCCUUCAUAUGCGAAUUUUUCAAGCGCAUAAAGAGAUCAUGGAUAUGCUCGACGGGGCGUGCAGUAACAAAAAUGAUACUUCUGGAAGCAAAUCGAUGAACAAAAACAGGCAGACGCCGGGUCCUCGUUUGGACAAGAAAGUCCAGGAUGACAACUUUUCUGCUCUAUCGCCGUUAGAGCAGGAAGCUGCGCUGGAGAUGGUCGGGUGCGCCCCUCACGAACUGCCUCGGGUACCAGAAAAGCCAAAAAUUUCGAAUGAAGAGCAAAUCAAGGCUUUAGGAAUCGUUUUUGACGCGACCACUGGCGUGAAUGCGAAAAAGCCUGUUUUGAAUGCGUACGAGCUGGAAACAACAUCUACGGUGGAGGCCAUCCGCAGGAUAAGCGGCAGUUGUACGGCCAGUCAGCAAGAGGAAGAAAUAGGCUCUCGCGGUCGUGGUUCAGCAUUCGUAUCAGACACUGUUGGUGGACAAAGCACGGUUUUCGUCACCUCAACAGGUGAUCAGAAGCAUGCUGGUAGCAAAGGGAGUGCUGCAGGUAUGUUGCCACUGAAGAUCUCAAAGGGAAGUGCGCAACGUAACGCGCCCAACGCCACGACCAGCGAUGCUCAUAUUACGAAGGAAACAGAAGGGGAAAGCUUGCUUAGCGCUAUUGACAUUUCAGACAUGGUGAUGUCAUCAGCAGGAGGUUAUCUGAUGUCCUCGUCUGAGUUCCAUCUUGGCACGUUGUCUUUGUCUAAGAUGAAUUCUCCUCGGAGUGAGGCGGGCACGGUUGAACAACUGUUUUUACAAAGAGUAAACAAGGAUACUAGCCCCCCUCUUCCUGUGAACAAGAAGAAUACUAGCCCUCCUGGAGGUGCUGCUCGUAGUACGGGUCCCUCAAAAGACAGCGUAUUUCAUAAGGACUCCCACACGCGGUCGAAGGAGGUUUUAGUCGCAGGCUCGGACUCCACGACGGACAUUAUCGAUACUUUCAUGCGACAGCGGCGUGCCUCGAAGACGAUGAUCAAGGGCGGACCACCAACAUCCAUCCCAGCGUUAGAGCGAGAGCAUUUGCGCACUCCAAGCGGCUCGGGCUUGGGGCAUCACGCGACAAGUACCGGUUUGGGCCAUCACUUUCGUGAAGAAUUAGAACACUAUAAACUGCAAAACCAUAAUGUCGAAUCAAAGCAUGAUGGAAAUGACAACAAUGCAAAUAAUGUUCUAAAUAUGAGUACUUCGUCGUCAAUCUUCAUGGGACAACUCACGGCGGUGAAGGAUAAACAUAAAGAAGGUGCCAAAGUCAAUGCUACAACUACACCUCGUCCGCAUCUUCCAGUCUUAGCUCUACCAAAACAUCAUGGUUUUGCUCCUGAAGUAGAUGAAGAUCCUGAACAUCACGCAGUCAUAUCAAGUGCGCGCGGUGUGCACUUGGAUCUUGACACCUUACUAGGAUCAGGCGUGGGCACAAGCAGCUACGGUCGCACACCGUCGAGAAGUCCAGCUCCGUCUCCUAGAGGAGAAUCGAAAGGGGCAUCCAGAGGGCCGCAGGAAAUUGCAGGACAGCAAGAAGACGAGAGUCCCUACAGUAUGGAUCUCAAUAGCCCUGUGGCAACAGUCGCUGCGCCUGCAAUUGUACCUGUCUUGAACCUGGAAAAUGCCAUGGCAGCGGAGCAGGCCACAACCUCCACAAUACUAGAGAAAUCUUCUCGCUUUCCGCAAGCUGCAAGCGAGGAGAGCGUGCCGCACAAUCAUGAUCUCAUGGCCGUGACCGAGAAUCCUUUUACUGGACAGAGGCUACCCCAACAGGACUGGAAGUCUUUGCUGGCGCGUGAGGUAGCUGCGCGGCACUCAGAAAGAUCACGACGGGAACGCUUCGUGCGCUUUGGAAAUACCAAUGAGGGUGACUGCGAAACAUUGGACAAUCGUUUAUCGCUAUCUGGAAGUUGGACUGAUCGCGGACGGCCAGACACGAGGAAGAAUAUCAGACGAGGGGCAAAUCAAACCCGAGGUGAAGGUGCGAAUUCAGAGUCCUCGGGAUCGCUUCGAUCGGUGCAAGUUCGACGAGCUUCUGCUGUCCAGAGUCACUCGGACAUUCGCUCCAACAUGCUGCGAUCUCAAAAACAGUUAAAUGCACCAGCUCUGUCGACAGGUUUGCAGUUAUCGGGCGUGGAGCGGCAGCCUGGGUCCGACAUCAAUACGCGUCCUCAGAACGUAAGUUUGAAUUCCUUGAGCGAGCACCUGACAAGAAAUCCAACUGCGUCAAGCAAAUCACCAGUCUCGCACUCGGGCUUUCACUUUGACCACGACGGCAACGUGCACGUGCCGCAUCGACCAGUGCCGCGAUUGGACAUGGACAUGAACACUGGCCACUUGCUCGCGUUUAUUCCCCAAAGCCUCAAAGCCAAGCAUGUCGGAUGGACCAAGGGUGAAGCGCCCUUGCUUGAAUUUCCCAAUUUGGCGCGGGGCAAGCAAGGAGACGCCGAGAGCCGCCAAAGCAGUGUUGCGGCGGACCAUUCAGCAGUCGAGCAGAUGGACAACGCAAUAUCAAACGCCACCGACGGGGCUUUCCUGGUUAACCUCAAAACUUCCCUGAAAAAAGUGGAAUUGACGCAGACUACAAAUAAAAACAGCUGCACGACCCCGAUAACUUCAUCUACAAUCAAAAUAUACGAGCCGCUGAGCCUGAAAGACACUGUUGCCACGUAUUUAGAUCGGGAGAAUAAUGUGAACGUUCUCACCAUGGAUCCGAACACGUUUUUCAAAGCGGGCGCUCUCUCGAACAGCCAAAUGAGCGAACUCAGUGCCGCAAUGGCGCAGAGCAAUCCGGUUAAUGCUGCACCUGGGUCUUUUCUGGGCUCUUCUGCGCGUGGCAAAGGCAGUUCUAGACGGGCUGUGUCAGAGAUUCCGCAGGGCAAACUUGUAGUCGAUCUUUUCAAGGGGAUUGGUAUGCACGACGAGGUGCGUGCACUUCACAACCAACUACAAUUUAUGGCGGACCAUUCCCUCGAAACACGACGAAUUUUCUUAGACCGUGCGAGUUCCGUUGAGGCGGAAGUCCGUGCCAAGGCGGGAAGACUCGAGGCGAUUUUUUCGGGGGGGAAGGGAAGUCAGGUAGCUAUUCUACUAGAUUGUUUAAUUGUUUGAGUAGAUACCCUUCUUUUCUUUCUCCUUAAUAAUUACUGACUUUCCACUUCCAUUAUCAUACCACUCUGGUCCGGCAUGACGUAUCGGUGCAUGCUGUCAUGUUGCCACCUCGGUUACAAUAUGUUAUUGCACCUUGUUCGUCAACCGAUGAUGUAUCUGCAUACAUAGCUACAAUGAAAUCAAUCAUGAAAAUCUGCGCUUUCCGUAUUACAGAUUUCGCAGUUCCAGCUUCUUUCUCCGGGAGAAACAGAGUGCCCACCGUCGACGAGGAUGCGCGGUCGUCGUAACGAGUCUUUCAUGUAUUCCUCCUCUGCUGAUGGACAGCUUAUUCAAGACCCAAAUGUGGAUACGGUUACAGGGACGAGGACUGACAACGAUGAGACUUUUUUUGAUUUGCGUGGCGACAUCUUUGAUACCAGGGUAGCUGAUCGCCGCAUGGCACAGAGAGCGGGACAGCGGGGAGCGUCCGUUGGCAGUUCGCCAGACGGCAGCGCGAGCGUGCCAAGCAUAGGUGGUGUACGGCUACCGAACUUUCAAACAGGAGGAAUGAAAGCUGUCACAGUAGUUAGCAACGGAAGAUCGGCGCAACCACUUGGUGCGUCAGUAGAUGACAGCGACUUGCCAUUUUCAGCUUCAGCACGAGGUAGAAGUUUGACGCUCGUCGAGCGCCCUCCAGAAACUCCGCCAGCGAGUUUCGGCGCUGGCGUAACAGGUAUCAAAAUACCAAGUUUUGGUUCUGUACGACUUGUUACGACAGACCCGAGUACAACAACGAAACAAGCCAAAAAGAACUCUGCCCGCUCCCGCAAGAACAACAAAGUCAAUGAAGACGACGCAGCAGAGCCAGAACUUGCACAAGCACUAGAGGAGGUAGAGGUCGAGCUUGUCGGAACAUCUCCAACAUCGUCCUCAACAUUGAAAAAAGGGGAGGCAACUACGCGAAAUACAGAAAAACUGCCAAAAGAUGGCUCUUUCGAAGGCACGGCGUGCACCGCCGGCACCAGCAAGAAAGACAACAUAACAAGCAGCACCAACAGUAUAGUACAGGAACCAUCACCUUCAACUACAGGUGGUGCAGCCCGUCCUCCCAAGCUACGCUUUAUUGCAGUUGAUGAGGGUCCAUCACCACAAGAAACACAACUUGUACCACUUGGCAAUUCGACCGUAGUGAACCAACACCAGGGAGCAUCCUCUAGUUCGCAGGACCACGCAUCUUCGGCUCCAACCUCAUCGAUAACGACUCAAAGUGCGGCUUCUGGUGCUGUUGUUGCUUCACCCACGACUUUCAUGACGAGCCCGGGAGUGGUGCGCAUGCGGGCCCCAGCACAGGAGGGAGGACGUCCAAAUAGCGGCGCAACAAGUAUAGCGAUGCAGCAGGGCGGUUCUUUUGCGACCCCACGCAGCGUACCUGCUGAAAUCGGUACUCCACUUACGCCAGGACGCAUGGCAAUGUCGCCACGACCUGGAUUUGUGGCUACGGGAGGACCAAUGAGGCCUCGAACGCCUGUUCUGCUUCUCGGACCGUCAGGCUCAGGAGGACCACAACAACAAGGACUACUCCCACACGCUUCGCCAAGGCCGUCUCCUGUAGUUGUCUCGAGUGGUCCCCUCGUCCAUCCGCGAGUCGUGCUGCCGCCCGUCAGCAGGGCUUUCUGGGCUGAAGCGCCACCGGAGCCUACUGUUUUCCAGCGCGCACUGCAGCGAGCCAACGAGAAGCUGCCAACUCGCGAGGAAGUGGUUGAGUUUGCGUCGGAAGUCGCAUCCCGAUCUUCAGUAGCGGCAACUGAGGCCUUCCACACGGCUGAGGCCGCGGCGACCUACCUUCACGAAAGUGGAAUUCUGGAGGCUUGCGGGCGGCACACAAGGGACGGCGCAGUAGGCACUUUUGAGUGUGCAAAACAGGUCACGGCAGCAGCUUUUGCGAUGGGCGACGAUGCAGAAGCUUGCGAGCGUCUCAAUCCGCAAGGUAGAGCAGGCAGUAGAACGGCAACGGAAACCUCUCCUACUGCAGCCGGGCAGGAAGACGCGAGUGACGAUGUGAUUGACGAAAUAUGUGGUCGUGAACGACUUGCAAACAAGGAGGGUCAGGAGAACACGAAUGCUAGUACAACUUCAAAAGAUAUAAAUUCUUCUGCAGUCCCAGUCGUUGGGAGGAGCUCUUCGUCAACGUCGAAUAGUGUUGUAGCAGGAUCGGCAGAGCUCCGGGUGAAGGAGAGGCCAAGUAAAGAGCGUUACGGGAUUGAAGAGAGCGACCCUCUCAUUGCGAGUAUUUUCUCAGAGGCGGCUUCACCAUCACCAGCCACCGGCGCAAACACACUCGGACCUAAAAUAAAGGGACUAUCAGGGCAGACUUGGGAAAGUGGUUUAAUCGAAUCCCAGGCAAAGCGGGAGCACCAGCAGCGGAAUUUUCAGAUGUAGCAAGUGUUUUGAUGAGUAUCCGAACCCGAAGAGGUAAUCUGAGACCCCACCCAUGAGCUAGACGUCGCCUGCUGGAAGAAGAUGAUAUUUUUUCAUGAGGGCUUACCCUUACAACGAGAAUAUUGUAUGUUCUUUCUCCGCCUUUGCUAUUGCGGUAAUGGAAACUACUACAGUGCAGGUAGAAGUAUAAUAUCUGAUAUCUACGACUGAAAACAUAUGACGGAGUGUAUUAACUUUAGUAUCGCUCUUUAGGCUCCAGCAAUGCUCAAUUCACCUUUGGUGUAAGUACUGGUUGGGGAAUGACGAGUCAUGAUGUUGAUUUUUUUUCAAAUUUAUUUUCGUCUCCUCCCUAUUUUCACGAUCAAGAUCAACAUUAGCACAGGAAAAACGUCGAAAAUAUUCAAAAUGAAUCCUUAAUAUGAUUUCGUUCUUCGAUCUACUUUUUCGCAUGAAUACUUAUCCUAUGUAUACAAAAAAAUAGUAGAAGUAGUGCAGGGUUUGAUUAGUGGCUCAUAGUACGCAUAGUAGCAUCAGCGAAGUUAGCAAAUAAGGCAAAGAGCCACAGUUGGGCGUGAAGCUGCAGAAGGGCAGCUUUGUACUUAAGAAGAUGCAAGAACCAGAAUCAACAUUUGUAUCUUCGUUUCAUUUGCCUUUGCUGUGGUUGUGUUGAGUUGG